AUGGCUGAAGAUAAGUCUCAAGUGAAGCUUAAGUUUUUCACAAGAGAGCAGGAUGCCUCUCUACAAGUUGCAGAAGCGCCUCUUUAUGUUCCAGUGUCAUUGAAAAGAUAUGGGUUGUCUGAGAUUGUAAACCACCUAUUGGGGACUGAAAAGUCUGUUCCGUUCGAGUUCUUGAUCGAUGGAGAACUUUUAAGGGUAUCUCUAGAUGAAUACCUUACGAAACGUGGGCUAUCUACGGAGACAGUUUUGAAUGUGGAGUAUACGAGAGCUGUUUUGCCACCUUCUUACCUGAAUAGUUAUAAUAACGACGAUUGGGUGAGCUCGCUUGACGUCGGUGCUAACAAGAUAAUCAGUGGAUCUUACGAUGGUGUGGUCCGUCUAUGGAAUAUGUCGGGAAAGGUUGAAAAACAGUUUUCUGGACAUUCCGGUCCAAUUCGUGCAGUAAAGUACAUUAGUAGCACACGGUUCGUAUCUGCUGGUAAUGACCGUACCUUACGUCUCUCGAAAACAAAGAAUACAGAUUUACAAGAUGCUGAAGACCUUGAAGAAGUCGAGGAGGCACAAACAUUGGCCAUUUUGGAAGGCCACAAAGCUCCAGUGACCUCCUUGGAUGUCCGCCAGGACAGAAUUUUAUCAAGUUCCUACGACAAUUGCGUCGGAUUAUGGUCCACAAAUUAUAAAGAUAUGACUGCAGUAGACCCCAUGGUAGCUUUAGGUGACAAUUUUUCAACAGCUGCAGCAAAAAGAAGAAAGUUAGCCGUCAAGGAUAGUUCUAUUAGGAGACGUGCCCCUCUAUCUUUUUUGGAAUCACAUAAAGCACCAGUCGAGCAAGUAAUUUUCGACUCUAAUGACACUACAGUCGCUUACUCUGUCUCUCAGGACCAUACUAUCAAGACUUGGGACUUGGUUACCUCACGUUGUGUUGAUACCAAAACAACAGCGUUCUCACUAUUGUCAUUGGUUGAAAUUCCUACCCUAAACCUAUUGGCAUGUGGUUCUAGUGCAAGACACAUCACUUUACAUGAUCCAAGAGUAGAUUCUUCCUCUAAAAUAACGCAGCAGCAACUUGUAGGCCACAAGAACUUCGUUGUCGCUAUGGAUACAUGUCCGGAGAACGAGUACAUGCUGUGUUCAGCCUCGCACGAUGGAACUGUCAAAGUUUGGGAUAUCAGGAGCAACGCGCCCAUGUAUACCAUAACCAGGGAAGAUAAGACAGUAACGAAAGGUUUAAAUGACAAGGUAUUCGCUGUAAGAUGGGCAAAAGGCGUUGGCAUCAUCAGCGGUGGUCAAGAUAAAAAGAUUCAGUUCAAUAAAGGCGAGGAUAUUUUCAGGAAAUAG